AUGGUUCACAUUAGUCCCUUCAAAGUGGAGGAGUGGAUGGAUCGUCUCGAGACAACCCCAGGCGUCCUCAACAUUGCCGAAACCUGCUGCGAAUCGGUCUCCGUCGAAGAUCUGUACAAGCUCGCGGACAGAGACGCGUGUCCCCCGCCCCUGGACCUCACCUCCCGAAAGCUCACAUACGGCCACAUAGAGGGCUCACCCAACACGAGGCAGAAGAUUGCCAAUCUGUACAGGGACGAUGGCGCCCCAGAUCUAGAUGUGGACAAUGUGCUCGUGACGCAAGGUGCCAUUGGCGCCAAUUUCCUGACGUUGUAUGCCCUCAUCAGCGCUGGGGACCAUGUCAUCUGCGUCUACCCUACCUACGAGCAGCUCUACGAGGUGCCCAUGAGUAUCGGUGCCGAUGUCACCCUCUGGCGUCUGGAAGAGAAGGACUCAUAUAUCCCGAACCCCACGCAGCUAGAGUCGUUGGUCCGGGAUAACACAAAGAUGAUUAUCAUCAACAACCCCAACAACCCCUUCGGAACGACCAUUCCAAGGGGCUCACUCACCCAAAUCAUUGAUUUCGCCAGACCACGAGGUCUGAUCGUGAUGGCUGAUGAGGUCUAUCGUCCUCUCUUCCACAGCUUGCCCGAACACGAGCGAAGCCCCCCUUCUAUCCUCUCUCUUGGCUACGACAAGACCAUUUCCACAUCGUCCAUGUCCAAGGCGUGGUCCUUGGCCGGCAUUCGAUUCGGUUGGAUCGCAACGCGGGACGAGGAGAUUAUGACAGCCAUCAAGAGCGCUAGGAAUUACACCACGAUAUCCGUCUCUCAGCUGGACGACCAGAUUGCAGGGCUAGCCCUGUCUGCGGCCGUGCGGCCAAGUCUCCUCAGACGAAACAUCGAGCUAGCGCAGACCAAUCUCGCACUGCUCGAGGCAUUCGUUCACAAGUACAGUGAGAUAUGCUCCUGGACUAAACCAGCAGCCGGUACCACGGCUAUGAUCCGCUUCGAGAGGAGGGGCCAGUCGGUGAAAGAUGAUGAGUUCUGUCUCGAGGUGUUGGAGAAGACGCGCGUGCUGGUCAUGCCGGGAUCAACGUGUUUCGGGGGUGGGGAGUAUUUUGAAGGAUACAUGCGGUUCGGAUACGUAUCGAGCACCAAGGUGCUCAAAGAAGCGCUGGAUGCACUGGGUCAUUACCUAGAGAAUGGGUUCGCUCAUGGUGGCUGA